GGAACGAAGCAGGCCGGCCCGCUGGCACCGUCUCUCCGCCCGGCUUGUCUUUGGUUUCUCGAAGCGCGGAAACGGACCUGUGCGCUCCCGACGGCGGCGGCGACGACGGCGAUUUUCGUGGCGCUUCGGGGUCGCUCCUCUCCUCUCCUCUCCUUCCUUUUCCUCCUGAAGCCUCUUCCUCAUUCGUGAAAAGAAAAGAAAUAGACAAAAGAAAAAAAAAGAAUAAUAAGAUGCUCUCCAUCAGUCACGCUCCUCCUCCUCCUCUUCCUCCUUCUCCUCCUCCCCCCACUGCUGCCCCCCUCCCCCUCCCCUACCGCCAGCGUGCCCCCCUGCCUCCUGGUGACUCUCGCGGCCUGGGCACGGAGGAAGUGUGAACUCCAUUCGGGAAAACGAAGUGAUUCUUGCCUCGGCCUUGUCCUCAUUGCAGCUCGUAGUUCCCCCUUGUGCCUCUCGUCUCCGCCAUAUGUUGCACCGUUGCACAGCGAAGUUGCACAGCGAUGAGGUGAUGUGACGUGGAUUAAUUGAAUUGUUUUUUUUUUGUUUCGGGUUAUAUACAAUGCACAGUUGAGACAGCGCGGAUUGGUCCUAAUCACUCAGCAAAGUUCCGCGCAGUACGAAGGAAUUAAGAAAGAGAGGAAAGAGAGAAGGAAGAGAAGAAAGAAGAGAGAGAAAGAAAGCGGAAUAACCGUAAUGAUGGACAAACUUACGUGACUGGGACUCUUCUUCAGCUCUCUCCCUUCCUUGACACCUGUUCGUCAAAAAAAGAAAGGAGAGGAAGAGAGAAAGAUAAAGAAAAAAAGUUAUCAGGAACUUUUUUCUUUAAGAUUAAGACGACAGAGAAACUACUGACUGGCUCGUAACAUGCACAGAUGCGGCACGUGGAGAGGAAGAACUGAGAGAAAUUGACAACUGGCAACCCGUCUAGCCUUACUGCUGGUUCUGGCCUUCAGCAAGGGAGACACUCACCUACCUGCCUUCAGACACGCAAUCAAGCACCUGAUUUUGCCUCAAAACAGCAGUCUAGUCAAAAUAAUCUUUAUGUGGUGUGUGUAACGUAACAUAUGGUUUCCUUUUGGACAAUGUACAGAAAUAUGUUUUGCUUUAGAAACCUUGCAUUUGUGUUUUCUUCGUUUCUGAUUUGGUGGAUGGACAGUUCACUGGUCUAACGGAAGGAGUGGGUGCAUGGAGGCAUAAUAUCUGUGAUCGGCUGUGAUAUUUCCUGAAACAUAAAUACUUUGAACACUAUAUGUCGAUGGUGCCCAAGAAGAAGAAAAAAAAUCCUCAUGAAUACCGUAUCGCCAAUCCCAGUUUCUCUGUGGUUAUAAUGGCUCAUGAAAAUACUACUUGAAGACCAAAAGGAAGAAAACAAUCUUUUGAUAUUUCUUUGUCGAUCUUUACGUUGUACAAGAGACACGACGCAAGGGAAUCGGGAGUGCGUUUUUUCUUUUCUUUAAGUGCUCUGGUGUCUAUGAUAUCUUUUUCUUUCUUAUUUCUUAAUUUUCUGUUUUUAUAUAUACUUACCUUGUUUUCAAUUAGAUCAAUGGUCAUUUCUUAGGCACUGGUUUUGGUUGGCAUCCCUUCCUUGCAAUAAUAACAUGUACAGAAACAACAGACGGCUGUUUUCACUUUUAGUUCAUCCAAGACACCAUUAGUUUGUUUGUGUGUUUGAAAGAGAAGAGAAAAAAAUGCUUUGAGCCUCACUUAACCAUACGGAUUCUCACGCAUGCAAAAAACAGAAAAGGAGCCAAAACAAAAAAAACAAAAACAAAAGACCUCCUUCCCCCUCGAAAAAAAAUAAACAACCAAAAACGAAAACAAAAGUAAGACAAUAAACCAAACUCUAAAAAAAAAAGCAAGAAAAAAACACACAGAAAGAAAGAAAAAAAUACAAAACAAAACAAACCGAUAGAAAAAAAGAAAAAAAAUAAAUAUAUACACACAUAGAAAAUAGACAAACAGAUAACGAAACGAGAGAGCAGCGAGCACAGCCUCCGCCACGCACUUCCCAGCAUCAGACUCAAGCAGCGCCAAGAUGAGUGAGGCAGACGAGAUGGACUUCGAGAUGGAGGCCAACGGGGAGGCCGGGAUGGAAGAUGUGGUGAAUGAUAAUACAGGGAUCGAUACCUUCCUGGAUUUCUUGCCCAAUUACAUCCUCUGCAACCAGUCCAAUUUUACGAACCUUCCACUUUGCAACAACAAGACUCUGGAGGACGAGACGCUGUUCGAAUAUGGCUUCAUCGUCGCCAUUGUCGUCCCGAUCAUCUUCGGCAUAAUCUUCCUCGUCGGUCUGUUCGGCAACACACUCGUCGUCAUCGUCAUCAUCAUCAACAGACAGAUGAGAUCCACUACGAAUUAUCUUAUCUUCAGCCUAGCAGCGGCGGACCUCCUCUUUAUCGUCUUCUGCGUUCCCUUCACGGCUUCAGACUACAUGCUGAAGUCUUGGCCAUUUGGGCGAGUGUGGUGCCAAACGGUGCAGUAUCUCACGUACGUUACAGCGUAUGCCUCGGUCUACACGCUGCUACUCCUGUCCUUUGAUAGGUUCCUCGCUGUGGUUCAUCCGAUAGCUGCCUUGACAAUUCGCACGGAGCGCAACGCACUGUACGCCAUCGCGGGCAGCUGGAUCCUGAUCCUGGGCUCGUGCAUCCCCGUGUACAGAUGCCACGGCACGAAAAGGAUCAACUUCGACGACGAGAUCCUGAUCACGUGCAGCUUCCUGAACGAGGAAUAUAAUCAUAUGGCUUUCCACAUCGCCUUCAUCACCAGCAUGUACUUCCUGCCGUUGACGGUGAUCGUGGUUCUGUACCUGCUGAUCCUGAACCGGCUGUGGUUCGGCAUGCAGCCCGGGGGGAACCGCAGCGCCGAGAGUAUUAGGGGCAAGAAGAGAGUGACCCGGAUGGUGGUCAUCGUGGUCGUCACUUUCAUUGUCUGCUGGUUCCCCAUCCAGCUGGUGCUGUUGCUCAAGUCCCUGGGGAUGUACCAGAUGACAACCUUCCAGAUCAUCAUGCAGAUUGCGGCUCAGGUCCUAGCCUACAUCAACUCCUGUGUCAAUCCAAUCUUAUACGCCUUUCUCUCCGAUCCUUUCAGAAAAGCCUUCCGGAAGGUGAUAUCCUGCGGCCCGCAGCGCCGAGCGGCGAUCAACGGCCGGACGGACUUCGAAAGGUCGAUGGAGACGCGACCUCUGCGCCCGAGCCCCAACGCCAUCCCCAUGACCAACAUGGCGUCCAGCGACCAGCUGCUGACUCCCUCGUCCGCCAUCCUUCGCCACGAGACGACCAACACGACGACCACCAGCUUCACGAACGGCGCCGCGCGCGAGGACGGCGGCGCCAAGAGGACCCAGUCGCACGAGAAGCUCCUGAACCAGCUGGCGGUCAACAGCCCCGCGCAGGACUACGGGGGCGUGGGGGGUGUGGGGGGCGGGGGCGAACACAACAGCCUCGAGGGGGGGCAUCCCGAGUGA